AUGGAACGUUAUUUAUCACGGGCAGAAGCACCUUCUCCGGUCAAGAAAUCUUCGGGCAACCGAUCCAUGUCUCGUCAUUUAACCAAAGAAGAACUCUCAUCGAUCAACUCAACCUUAAACAUGAAAAUUCCCAAUGCGGAUCACUCUCCUAUUGUCAAGCUUUCUCAAACCAUUUUAAGUGCUUCCUCCAUACGACCCAUAACAAUAUCCAAGAAAGACACACGACAUUCUCUUCAACAUUCAAACAGUUCAGAGCAAGAACAGGUCAUUAAUGAACUGCGAGACAAGAUAAAGCAAAUCAAAGAACGAUAUGAGAAUGAAAAGAUCACCGAUCAAACGAGGAUUCGUCUUACUCAAGAUAUUUCUAAUUUACUGGAUAGGUUGCUCUCGAAUGACAUGGAUCAACAUGAACCUCUCACGGACAGAACACGAAAAUUGACCAAUUCUCCUCAAGAUUAUUUAAACUCCACAGCCUCUACUCAUUCCUCGCCGAACAAGAUUCAUACCCAAUCAGUAAGCGAGAUCAAAGAGUUGCUACUUCAAAUAGAAAUUCAAAAUUCCAUGAUCGAUUCUUUGAAAGAAGAAAAUUGUCGACUGAAAGAAAAAUUGCAACAGGAACGAACACGAACAAAAACAGCUCAGAAAAAUCUGUCUCAAUCAGAGAAGUAUGUGCAACGGUUGGAAAAACAAUUGAAAAGACGGGAAGUGUCACAUCAAGAAACCAUUUCAGAGCUGAAGAAAGCAAAUGAUCUUCUGUUAAUGGAGAAAGAAGAAUUGCUUCAACAGGUGCGUUUUUUAAGGGAAUCCCUUCAAGAGAAUACUCACUCUGUGUCUUCGAUUAACGUGAGGGGUACGAGUGGAGCUGGAACUCAUCCAUCAUCAACCUCCUCCUCUCACUGUGUCAAGUUAUUGUCUGAUAGCCAAAGCGAAAUAUCAUGCUCAAGAGAUUUCGACGAGCCAGUCAAGGAUCUCACCUCCUCACCGACGUCGAAAAUCAAUCAUUAG